GUUGUCAGUGUCAAUGUAAACAAGGUUAAAAAUUAUUAUUUUCUAAUGGGUGUCUCCAUCACGUCUGCAUUUUCAUUCAAUUUUCCAGUUUUAAAUAUCACCAAUUUCCUUCAUAGAUAAAAUGGCUUUACAGUAAUAAAGGAAGGCUAUUCAAUUACACCAGCUCACAACAACGAUUUUUUCAUCAUCGUGAAUAAUUAGUCACAACACGGGUUCAUUCCAUCCAUCACUUCAGCCCCAUGGGGGUUGAAAGGGUGCAGUCCAUUGUGGGCUGCCACUAUAAUGGGAAACUGCUUCACCGUUUGUAUACCAAAAUCGGAUACAAUCAAGACUUUCGGCAAUUUGCACAUACUUAGCCAACACAGAAAUGUGGAUUUCACUAGCCUUCUCCAAGAGGAUGGUAAUGAAGAGCAAUAUGGAAGACGGAAUUUCCUUACAAGAAUAUUUAGGAAAAGAAGGAAUAAGCAAAAGCCUGUUCUGCAGUUAGUUGAUGGUAUAUUGAAUCCACAGUUAACAUCAUACAGUAGAUUAUCAGAUUCACAAGGAAUACCUUCAAGUGGAUCAUGUACAAGCAGAGACAUUCAGCUGCAAUGUUUAGAUGCAAGAGCAUUGUUACAAAGGACUGCCACAUCCACACCGGCUAGCUCACUAGAUUUGGAAUGGGAACAUGAAACUCUGCCAGUGUCAACCCUUUAUGACCCUUCAGGAAGCUCAUGGACAGCAAUUCCAGAAGAUGGUUUUUCCCACUGUCCCAGCAAUACCAGUCCCAUGCCAACAGGUGGAGGAAACAGUGAAUCGGAUUGGUCUAGAAUCUCAUCAGCAAAUUCCUUGGAAUGGGACAAUGUCCAGAACUCCAUUCAAGUCAGCCCUCCAUUAUCAGAAAUGGAUGCUGAUACUCAAUUGUUGCUCUGUGAAAUUGAGAGACUGACAAAUAAGACAUUAGAAGAGACAGGACAGGAUUUGUUUAGCUGAUUCUCAUUUUUUAUUACGAGAAAGUAGUUUUCCCACAAAAUAUGUUUCAGAUUUUCAGUAAGUUACUAAGGAUUUAGGCUCGACUAUCCUCAUUUGGGUAGCCGUUAUUUUGUUGAGGGGUGUAAAUGAUUUGUCAUCACAUGUCUCAUUUUGGAAUCUUAAUUUAAUAGUUUUUACCUGGUAGACUCGUGACAAAACAAAACAAUGAAUCUUGUCAUAUUUUCUAAUGCGGCAUUCUUGCAAAAAAAUUAGAUGCAUUAGAUUACAUAGAAAAAAUGCAGGGUCGUCUAAAACAUACAUAUUCAUAGGUAAAUAGUUGAAAUGUGUAUAUUUUUUGUUGGUAAUUUAUAGAACAGAACAUGUAUAGAUCACAGAUUUAAAUCACAAAGCAGAUCGUCAGUAUUUGAAAUCAAAGUUUUGGCUUUUUCUCUCCUUGCUUUGAUGAAAUUGAUGAGUUGCUAGAUUGCAGAAUAUUAAAAUGAUUAGGUGCUAUCCAGCAAGAUCAGGAAACCAUUGACUCAGGAACUUUUAUAUCUCAAGUCUUCAUUCAUUCAUGACAUCUUGCUUUGUGCUUGAAUAUGUGUAGUUUUUCUAAUAGGUAGUGAGACAAGCAUUUACUGUCCCGUCUUUGGAAUACAACAGUAGAAAGUAUAAUACGGAAACAGAUAGAGAAUAUAUAUAUAUAUAUAUAUAUAUAAUUUAUAAGACUGUAUAUCAGAAGUUGAAAUUAAAAAAAGGUGUAUCCUACAUCCUAGGGUGAUCUUAGAUUGUUAGAUAAGUAAGCCUAAGGAAUUUAAGACAUGAGGCUUCUGUUGUAAUCAGUUCAUUUUUUGAUAGGCCUAUUUGAUUGGUGCUGAAAGAAAAAUAACAUCAAGGUUCCAUUUUAUUUAUUUUAAAAUGGUGAUAUACUAUAGGGUCAGAUAUUGCUAACAGAAAUGUUUUGGAUAUCAACAGGAUAUUAUGGAUCAUGGUUCCUCAAAAUAACACUAAAUUUACUCGCCUAUAGUAGACAGUCAUGAUGGGACCAAGGUUGUUGGUGCUUUGAGGCCUUUACUUAAUGAUAUGGGAGCUUAAAGAGCAAAUGUUAUAACCAAACAAUCCUAAUGGAAGCAUUAACUUAUGCAUUCUUCGAUUUUAGUCAGCUCUGUGUGUUUAAUGGAUCUUCAACUGAAAAAAUCAAAUUUUUGCUGUUUUUAUACAACUAUAAUUUAGCUUUAAAGUAUAUUCUGUGAUCAUUACACAUAUGUAUAAUAUUUUGAUGUAACAAGCUUUUUUUACACCAUUUUAUUGAAAACAUAUCACCCUCACAAAUAAAUGAAAUGUUAUUAGUAAACAAGUCCUUUUAUUGUAGCUAUCACCAAAUUGUCAUUUAACACUUUAUUAAUUGAUAUAAUAAUUGCAUUGUAUUCCUUUUUACUAGCUCAUCACUUUUGGUUUAUAUUAACAAUUGUAUCUUAAUUAUGAGUCAGUCAUUCAAUCUCGGUCACAGCGAACACAC